AUGACCGUCGUCGCGAUCGUAAACCAGAAGGGCGGAGUCGGAAAGACCACCCUGGCCACCAACCUGGCCUGGUCCCUGGCCCAGACCGCAUCCGUGCUGCUCCUGGACGCCGAUCCCCAGGGCAGCGCCCGUGACUGGGGCCACUUCAACACCAGCAGACCCGAGAACCUCCGCUACGACUGGCUUAUCCUCGAUUGCCCUCCCGGCGUCAGCAACACCAGCGCCGACGCCGUGCGGGUCGCAGACGUGGUGCUGAUCCCAGCCAAGGCCAGCGCCUUCGACGUCUGGGCCGCCACCGACAUCGUGGCAGCCGUGAAGGCGCGUCAGCAGUCGAGCAACGGCAUCCCCAGAGCCGCCUUCGUGAUCACCAUGGCCAAGCCCCGUACCAUCCUCGGCCGGCAGAUCGACGCUGCCCUUGCCGAGCUUGGACUACCGGUGCUGAACAGCAGGACCUCCGACCGGGUGGCUUACACCCAUGCCGGCAACGAAGGAACCUCAGUGAUAGAAGGACCCGACAGCACCGCCCGCGAUGAAAUCCUCGCCAUACGCCGUGAAUUGGAGCAGUUGACCCCAUGA